AUGCGUCAAUAAACUCAUAAAAACACUUUUUUAAAAACUAUCCCAUUUACAACUAUAUUUAUGGAAUCUUUAAAGUAAUCUUCAAUGUGGGUAUCAUCAAAUACGAUUGAUGGGAAUAGCUAAUUUUAAGGUAUAGAAGAAUCAAUAAUUCAGGCAGGUUACUUUUAAAAGUUGAUAAUUAAUGGGAAUCAGUAUAACUUAAUCUACAUCCUGAGAAAUUAUAUAAAAAAGGUGUAGGAUCUGAGGAUUAUACAUCUUAUUGUUAAUUAUAAGCAUGUUUUUUAAAAAAAUUUACUCAUUUUGAUCCUACAAUGCCUAAUUAUAGAUAUGGAAUUAGACUAUAAUUUGGAUAAUAAUUAACUCAUUUAUUAACUGAGAAUUCAGAUAUUUUCAAAAAAUGGUUUCAGUUUUUAAGAAGAUUUUGUAUAAUGGAUAAAUUUGCUAGAAAAUAUAAGGUUUUAGGUAAAAUAAAGCAAAGUGAUCCUGUUUUUGGUUAAUGUUUAUUUUCUUGUGUAAGAGUACAAGAUGCAGAGUAUCAUAUUGUAAAGGUGAUAGAUAAAAAUGUUAUAACAGCAACAUAAAAACAAAAUUUAUUUAGAGAGAUAAGUAAUUUAAGAAAAUUGAGUCAUACAUAAAUAUGUUAUAUUGUUGAAGUACUUGAAGAUGAAUAAAAUUUAUAUAUAUUAUAUGAAUAUUACUUAGGGAUUGAUUUAAGAUCAUAUAUAAAGGAAUCACAAAUAUAUUAGAUGGCUGAAUAAUCAACAUAAGGAUUGGAUGAGAAAUUGGUAGCAGAUAUUAUAUAUGGUGUUUUAUAAGCAAUAUAACAUAUGCAUUCGAAAGGGGUUUUUCAUAGAGAUUUAAAAAUGGAAAACUUGUUCAUACCAGAAAAGAAGCGUUUACCAUUUGUUGUAUUAGCCAAUUUCUGUUAUUCUGAAACAACAGAUUAAAUUUAGUAUAAGAAAUGUGGAACUCCUGGAUUUGUAGCACCUGAAAUAUUUAGGUCUAAAAAUUAUACAAGUAAAGUGGACUUAUUUUCAUUGGGAAUAAUAUUUUAUAUUUUAGUUUAUGGAAAAUUACCAUUUGAAGGUAAAGAUUAAGAGGAAAUACUUAGAUCAAAUGAGAGAUGUGAAAUAGAUUUUAGAAUAGAGUAAAAUGUUAAUAUGAUUAAAAUAGAAAAAAAAUAUGUAAAAAAAUAUCUAUAUCUGGAAUGGAUUUACUAAAAGGAUUAUUGAAUAAAGAACCAAUAAAAAGAUUAUCAGCUGUAUAAGCACUAAAUCAUCAUUGGUUCAUUAAAAUGGGAACAAGAAAUUAAAGAAAUUAAUAAUAUCUUUAAGUUUAAAGAGGGAAAUCUUUGUCAACUAUUAUAGAAAAUUCUGUAGAUAUUACAUAAAGGUAUAUUAUUUAUAUUAUAAUUUUAGUUAUUAUUAAUCUAAUUCUUAAUUACACUAAUCUACAAAAGAUGAUGACAGAUUAGAUAGAGUAGAAAAAGAAUUUAUUAAAGGUAGUCUAUAUGAUAAGUUACUUCAUUUUAAUAGUAUUUAAUAUUAACCAUCUAAAAUUCGUCGCAAUUAAUAAUCAAAUUGA